UGGGCACAAUCAGGAGCCACUUGUCAAAAGAAACUAACUUUAUUUUUAGAACCACACACGACAAACAAAAUAGUCUCUCAGGAAAAACCCUCAGAGCCUCAACUGCCACCACCGGCUUUCCCCAAGCCUCUCUCUCCCACACAAGCUUCUCUCCACCUCCCACAAUCCUCCUGCUCUUGAGGCUGAUUGGCUGGGUCACGUGGGCGGAGCCAAAAAAGUCCCCCAAUGAGCAGCUCCGUGGUCUGAAAGGGCAGGGAAACAGCCCAAUGAGCAUCACCGCAGAGGAGCCAAUCAGCUAGAUGUUGCUGGGGUCGAGGAGCCAAUCAGCUAGAUGUUGCUGGGGCGGCUGUGAGCCAAUCAUCAGCCGGCAGCUGGAAGUUUGCUGGAAGCAGCUGGAAGUUUGCUGGGGCCCCUUCGGCUGUGGCUCUCAACAGCAUGAUGUGAAAUCCACAGUCUCAAGUGAAGCUAAAACAUCUUUGGAAAUCCUUUUGCACUGUUGCUCAAUCAUACUUGUUGAUCAAGGCCUUUUAAUCCUGAAGAGCAGAAUUUAUCUCUCAGCAGAAAGAUGGAAACAAAAGAACAUUUGUUCUGCCAGGCAGAAGAAAAUAUUGGCUUAUCAGUUAAUAACUCUUCUGGAACCAACUUGCAAACAAGAAAUAUUGAAAACAAGAAAUACAUCAAAUUUUCUAAAAUAGUGGAGAACAAAGUUUCACCUGAAAUUAGGGGUUAUAAUCCAGAACAUAAAAAUGUGUAUAAAACAUCAGUAUUCCUAUGUAGAGAAGAAAAAUCCUCUGAUUUUUCAGGAGCAAAAAAGUUCAGGAGAGAGAAAAGUUUACAAGUACAACUGCACAGUACAAGAACUGAGCCCAGAGUUGAGACAGAAAGAAACCAUACUUGGCAUACUCCUCCAGUGAAGAUUGCCUCUCCCUCUCUGAAGCUGUCAAAGGAGGAGAUGACCAGGAAAGAAAGCACUUUAUGCCAGUUGCCGAAUCAGUACCAUGUUCCCAAGACUUCAUUACCUCUUUAUACAUCUUCCUCACUUAUUCGGGAAAAGAAAAUACAUUCUAACCUCUCCCUGACAUUAUAUGAAGAAAUACCUCAAGGACAUUUUUAUGCAGAAGAAUUAAGUGAACUUCUUAAAGCCUGUAAAAUUUUUAGUAAAAUUCAAAGUGGUAAGAUUUAUGUGAAUGAUCUGCCAAUGGUCCUUGGUACCUUGAAGAUUUCUAUAAGUGAUUCAGAAAUGCUACAGGCACUAAAGACUAUUGAUAUCAAUGUUAAUGGAAUGCUGGAUUUUUCAAAUUUCCUUAAGGCUGUGAAUGAUAUUUCUUAUGUGACCUCUCAGGAUUCAGCAUUCCAGAAAGCCUUGGAGAUUUUUUCUAGGAUAAAAGAUGGUUGGGUUCCUACUGAUGAAGUAGUUGCUGUUUUGAGUAGCAUGAAUAUCUUUGUAAACCCUGACACACUGCAGGAAGUGAUCAAAUAUUCCUAUACUGACCGUAACCAGAUGGUGGAUAUUGGUGAUAUUGUAUUUGCUUUGAAUGAACUACAGCAACCGUAUGAAGAUGUUUAAAAGCAGAAACUGGAUCUCUGAAGAUGACUUCUACCGGCCUACCCAGGAGCAAGCCCCUGAGAGCACCACAGAUGGCUCCGGAGCUGGUUCUCGAGGGACUCCAGAGUCAAG